AGCAGAGCUAGAAAGGAGCUUUGGGGAAGAUUGAGGUGGGGCUGCAGAGUAGCAGAAGAUGGAAAAAACUGGAGUAACUCAGAUCGACUGAAGCCAUCUUUUCAUUAUCUACAAAUACCAGUAAUUGAUUCCCUCCAUCAUGGAAAUCCUAAAAUGUGAUGGGAAAGUACCACGUGUAUGCAUAGUAUCCACACACGUUUUUGAACACACUCUUCCCUAAUGAAAAGUUUGGAAGCAUUCAGUUCCACUUACCCUCCAUAGCCCCUUUUUGGAAGGGAGCAAGCUUCUCAUUUAGAAACAGGAUUUUAGCACUUGAUGAUAUAAAGCUUUGCACAGACAAGAUACCGUUUAGACCAUCCCCUUCAGUCACAGAACCACAGUAACACUGCUAAUAAAAAUAAUCUGUAUUCAUUUGUAUAUUAAACUGCCUGAAUUAUUCAUUUGGUGGAAAGGCACACAGAAAAAUAGUCAUCAUACUUAGAGGGGAAAAAACUUCCAGAACUUAAUCCCUGAAGCAGUGUGGUGAACUCUCACUACACGUUUGAAUUGUUGUCCCACUACGCAAACUUGAUUUUACUAUGAUUUUAUUCUUUAUACAGUGUAAUAUUAAGACACUCUAGCAUAAGAAAAAGCCAUGUUCCUACAGAUGAUAGCUUGAUACUGAAGGCUUACCUUGUCUUAGGCACUGUGCUGAGGAUUUUACAUUCAUAACCUCAUUUAAUUCUGACAAUUCUUUGAAAUAAGUUCUUUUUUAUGCCUGAUGUAUUGGUGGGGAUCUGAAACUUAAGGUUAAAUUACUCCUAUCACACAUAAGGAUAAGUGGCAUAAUUGUAGAUGACUUUUCUCCCUGUAUCCCUAAACACAAAGACUAGUCCCUGGGACCAAAUAAGAGCUCACUAAAUGCCGUUGGCCUAGCAAAAGUUAAAGCCUUUAUUCCCUUUCUUUAAAAGCUUAAAAUACAAUAAUUAAAAGGUUCUAAUGAAAACAAAUUAUAAGACAUUUAGGUCUAGAAAAAUUUAUUUGUAGUUAAAUUAAACCAUUGAGUCAGGGCCCCUUUCAGUAAAAGCUGUACUAUUUAAUUGGAUAUAUUCCAUACUUUAUUCUGCCACAUUUUAUUUUGGGGGCAGUUGUCGUUAUGAAGAUCAUUGCUCAUGCUAUUCUUUGUAUGACAUUAGUAAUCUUAACAGUUCAGAAAAUUAAGUUUUAUCGGAAAUUGAAAUGAAACAGUGUUAAAUAAUGUCCUCUAUAGUCAAUUAGAUAUGAUAAUAAACAGGCUUAUUCUUUUCUAACUGCCUGCGCCCCAGAUGUAGUAGCUACUUCGGUGGCAAGUUGUGAGAUUUUCUGUAUAGGUUACUUGCCAUUUUGUAAGUGAUGCUUAGAAAGGCUAGUGUUGUAAAGCAAUCAGAGUUCUCCCACACUUUGCCUAAGGGCAACUGUUUCAAAAAAAGAAAUAACAGGAUUCAGGUGAUAGGAUAUUUUAAGGUGCCAAAGCAGACUUUUUAAAUAUGACAGUACAGAUGUACUAUAAGGGGGGGGUUAUGAAAGGACUGCAAGAGGCCAUAUUGUGGAGAUGUUAGAGUUCACAUCCCAACUGUACCACUUUGUGGCUAGUUACUUGACUUUUAGCUGCUUUUGGCCUGUUUUCCUCAUCUGUAAAAUGGGAGUGAUACAACAAUCCUACAUAAUAGGAUUGUUUUCAUUUCAGAACCGAAAGAAUCCAGACUAAGUGUUCUGAAAAGUUUAGCUAUGUGAGAAAUGACACUUGUAAAGAUAACACUCUACCUGGUCUUUUCUCUUAGAAAUUGUGGUGGCACUUUGACUUUUCAGAUUUUUAAUAAUUUUAAUACUAAUUAACUUCAAAAUAGAGAUUUAAGCCAAAUGAGGAGGUGUAUCCCACACGGAUUGCUCUGAUUCCAGUCAAACCUUUUGGGUUUUGAUUUUAAAUUGUUAUCCUUCCCCUUCAAGAAACUGAAACAGUUUUUAAAGUGCUUUUGGUAGUUCUUUUGAUUAGGGCCUCCUCAUUUGUCCGAAGACCUGUGCCUUCCUGAGCUAGUGUAUUACCUGUUCUUAAGUGGUCCCACAACCAGUGCUGCUUACGAAGGUCUGACUUAUUAGAGGAUGCCUUUUUUAUUCCGUUGCCCUUCUGAUCCACUCUUGGGUGUAGGCAGUGCCUGCCUGAUGCCUUGAUGCCUUUUCAUUCUCACUGGCACUUGGUUUUCUCCUUUGGGAGGACAGAAUUAGGUAGUCAUAGUGAGUGUGGAUAAAGUCAAAUGGCCUGGGUUCUACCACGUACUAGUUGUGUGUGUGCCACAUACAAGCAAGUGUAUCUCUCAGUAGCUUUAUGUGCAAAGUAGGAAUAAGUACCUAUCUCAUAGAAUGGUCACAGUGAUUGAGAUAACACCCAUAUAAUAUGCACAGCAUAUGAUUCAUUGAAAAAUUCAAUAAAUAUUAGCUGCCAUUUAUAUUUGAAUUUUAAGUCCAGUGAUUUGACCAACCUCAUGUUCCCAAAGUAUGUGUGGUGCUCUAGAGUAGAGAUUCUGCUGUGCUUUAAGUGGUUGUAUACAAACAACAGGUGGUGCUGUUGUAUACAAACUUGCUGGCAAUAUACUUUUUCCUGGAGAUCCAAAAUGAAGAUUAACAGAUCAGUAAAGAAACCUGUUUUGUUUGCUAAGCUUGAGCACAAUUAUAAUACUUAUUAACUUGCUGUACUACAUUUGGUAAACACCAGACUAAUAACCUUCCACUAAGCUCCAUCUAUUCACUGGAAAGACUUAUACAGAAGCUGUAGUUUAGAUCCCCCAUGCCCUCAGUCCCCCAUGUAUCUGUCCUUCCCAGAGAGACAAGUACUGUACAAGUGAAGCCAGUUUCAGGCAAAAAUCUCCCAUUUUAACAUAUUCUUGUGGAGUACCACAAACUUGCCACCAGGUGGUGUUGUUGUAUAAGUUGAUUAAGUAUUUUAGUAUCUUAAGUCGGGGGUGGGGAACUUCUGGCUGGCACCCUAAAGUUCUACCCCGGCCAAGGCAACAACUGCAGGCGGGACUUGAAAUUCAGUAAAUCCAGGAGCUUUUUUCAUAGCUGAUUUUAAACUUGAUUUUGUAUGGCAGGCGAAUGAUGUUAUAAAUAUCCAAAUGGCCCUUGGUGGAAAAAAGGUAGAUUCUAAGUGAAAGAUGGUUAAAGCACUUGAGAGUCACAUCAGAAAUCAGCUUACCAUUCACUAAAGUCAUCUGAAGGACUUUCAGAUCUCAAGGCUUUUAGUUAAAGGAGGUCCUUUGAAUCUUGAAAUACGAAAUAACCGAAGGGGUAGACCCAAAGUUUAUAUCCUCACCAGGGGGAAAAAAAAAUCUAAAAGAACUAGUUUUUUAAAAUAUCCUUGAGAAAGGCAAGUUAUUAACAUAGUGGUCAAGAGCAUGGGCUAUGCAGUGUAUGUCUUGGGUUCAAAUUCUGGUUCUUUGACUAGUAGCUAUGCAACCUUGAACCCAAUUGUGCUCUUAACUGUUCAGACUGUAGUUGACCCUUAGUAAUCUUAAACAAUCUUAUAUGUACAUCAGUUUUUUAAAAGUUUACACCUUAUAGAAUUGUUAGAGGAGUGAAAUAAAAUGUACCUAGAGCACCAAGUGCCUGGUACACAGUAAGUGGUAAAUAUUAGCUAUCAUUAUUAUUGUCCUAAAUCUUUUUUUUCCUCUACAGCUUAUUUUCAUUUACUUUUUAAAGACGGAAGGCUCAUGGUACAAAUUAUUGUUUCCAGUGCUGGGGCUGGAGGCCUGGCAGAAUGGGUGCUGAUGGAGCUACAGGGGGAGAUCGAGGCUCGCUACAGCACUGGAUUAGCUGGAAACCUCCUGGGAGACCUACAUUACACCACUGAGGGAAUCCCUGUGCUGAUCGUGGGGCAUCAUAUCCUGUAUGGGAAAAUCAUCCACCUGGAGAAACCUUUUGCUGUCCUUGUCAAACACACUUCUGGGGAGGACUGUGAUGAGCGUGGCUGCGAGACUGGCACCCGGUAUUUGGUGACAGCACUCAUCAAAAACAAGAUUCUUUUCAAAACUCGCCCCAAGCCCAUUAUCACCAACGUACCCAAGAAAGUAUGAAAGAACCCCGGAUUUUCCCUAGAGAGCGGCCAACUCCUUGGACUCGUGCUCCACUGCCACCUCGAGGACGGCUUGACAGUUCCCUGGGACCACAGGGGGGACAGGGUCCUGUUCUAAACACAGGCCACCCGCUGGGCAUGAUCUCAGAUUCCUUCCUUAUGCCAACUGGUUCUCUUGGUGGAAAUCUGGCCCCAUUUCCAAGGAACCCUUCUCCUUUUCCAACUUCAUCAAGCUCAUUGGCUUCAAAUCCAGCACCUUUCCCUCCUGGUGCUCGUGACCCAAGCAUGGCUUCUUUUCCAAGGGGAAUGAAUCCCACUGGUGCAAGUGCAGUUUCUUUCUCAAGGCCAGGUGGCCUCUUGGGCCCAGGCCCAGGGCCAGGGCCAGGGCCAGGGCCAGCUCUCAACCCUAGAGGAGGGGCUCUUCCAGGCCCAGGGCCUCUGUCUAACCCAAGGUUAGGGGGUCUCCCAGGGCCAGGUCCUAUGCCCAACUCAAGGGCAGGUGGUCUCCUGGGAACAGGUCCUGACUCCAGAAGUGGUGGCCCCAUGGGCCUUGGAUCUGGACCUAACCUGAGAACGGGUGUCCUGUUGACUUCUGGGAAUGGUCCUCCCAAUACUAGGCCUGUUGGCCUGGGCCCUGGACCAAGUCCCAAUCUGAGAUCGGGCUUUGUAGGUACAAACCCUGCCCCAAGGUCAGGUAUGUUUCCAGGCUCUAGCCUUGGGCCCAACCCAAGAGCAAGUGGCCUAGGCCCAGGCCUUGGACCCAACCCAAGGGCAGGUAGCCUGGGCCCAGGCCCUAAUCUGGACACCAGAGCAGGUGGCCUCGUGGGCACAGGAUCUGGUCUUAACUUAAGAAUGGCUGGACCUCAAAGCCUAGAUCUUGCUCCCAUUCUAAGAGCAGCAGGUCUUUUAGGAGCAAAUUCAGCUUCUUUCUCACAGGCUCCUGGAAACAUGGGCACAGGCCCAUCUUCCAUGGCAAGAAUACCUGGCCCCAUAGGCCCAAACUCGGGUCCUGGCUCUAGGGGAAUUGGCCUUCCAGGGCCAAAUCCAUCUCCCAUGUCUAGGGCUCCUGGCCCCAUAGGCCCUAAUUCAGCUCAUUUUUCAAGGCCAGCUGUCCCCAUGGGGGUAAAUACUAAUCCCUUUCCAAGGGGGACAGGUUCAGGGGCACUGAACCCAGCUGGCUUCUCUCAGUCUUCUGGCACAUUGGCUUCAAACCCAACUACCUUCCAGAGGUCUUCUGGCCUCCAGGGCUCAAAUCCAGCAAUUUUCCCAAGAGCCUCUGGGCCACUAGGACCCAACCCAGCUAACUACCCAAGGGCCACUGGCCUACAGGGUCCAAGUCCAGCUACUUUCCCAAGGUCUGCUGGUCCAUUAGGCCCUGGUCAGGUUACUUUUCCCAGGUCAGCUCCUGGGCCUCUGGGCUCUUCUCCAGCAGGCCCUGUGGGUAUCAACCCAGCUCCUUUUGCAAGGCCAACUGGGACCCUGGGUCUAAACCCAGCUUCCUUUCCAAGGAUGAAUGGUCCUGUAGCCAAGACUUUGGUCCCAUUUCCCAGAGUAGGUAGUCUCCCUGGCACAAACCCGGCUGCUUUCCCCAGACCAGGGGGUCCAAUGACUGCAAUGUACCCAAAUGGAAUGUUACCCCCUUAAACAGCAUUUUCUCCAGGACCACCUUGGUUUCCAGGCAUAGUGGUUCUGGACAGAGGCUGUGUUUUAGGUAAAAGGGUGGUAGACAUGGAGCUACAGUCUGAAGUACAUAGCUGGGGCUCAAGUUCAAACGAGCCAUCUUUUUCGUACUCUGCUUCUUUCUUGAUUGAAGGUGAAAUGUUAUUUGUGGGAGACACACUAUGGCAGGUGGGAAUGAUCCUAGCCUUGAGAGAGAGACUCUCCAGCCUUCCAGAAGCCUGCUGUGCUUUUGUCCCACAGCUUUCUGCCCCUUGUUUCUUACUAGUUUCUUGAAUUGUUCUUGUGGACUUUUCCUCAGGGAUACAUUGGCCUGCAGGUCCCAAUUCAUAUGUAGUCCCCUGCUCAUCACUGGAGAAUCAGAUCAGCUCACUGCUCUCUAGAAGUGUUGCAUUGGUAAAUGGACCGUGCUUCAGCAGCUCUGACCUGGGCAGCUUGGACCUGGUCAUCCUCUACUGCCAUACGUUUCCCUGGGGGCUUGACACAGAACAGGGAGGUGGGCAACCACUUUAAAAGACCCACCGAAUACAAUUUCCGCUUGACUGACUGGUCCUGCAGUUUCCUUCUCUGGGACUAGAGGAGGCCAAAAACAAGGCUCCAGCGUUCAUCCAACUCCCUGUCCACUGGUACUCGGAAUCAAAGAACCUCAAAAUUUAAAUUGAUGUGGAUGGGACAUGGGGUAGGGGGGUGGGGGGUGAAGGGGAGAAAUCACUGUGCUUUGUUCAACCUGAUGUGAAAGGAUGGUUGGUGUUUUUCCUGCGUUGUAUCUUUUCUUACUGUUUCUUUAAUAAAUGGGAUGAGAGGGC